UAAUAUGGCACCCACCAUAUGCUCGCAUAAGAAACAGAUGCGGGACUCGAGGCGACAUCAUGGCGUGGCCACAGCCGCCAUUUCAUCCGCCACCGCAGCCAUCACAGCCGCCACCACAUCCUCGUCAACCUCGACAUCAUCCUCAUCCUAUUCUGCAUCGGUGGAUGCCGCAGGAGCAACACGUAACAGUUCGGUACUCAGUUAUGUUGCCAAGGGAUCGGUCAUCUCCCCGAAUCGUCGCCGCCACCCGAGACUGCAACGAAGAUAUUCCCACUUACCCAGCAGCAAGGUGACCUCCUCGACGGACACCAGCAGUGGAGUGGAAACUGAGGCCGAGUCUGUAGAGCAGAUACAGCUCGAGGACGAUCGCUACCAGGAUGAGCGAAGCCAGUACCUGCAACAGCAGCAGCAACAUUCCAGCACCGACAACAACAUCAAGACAGUAUUACAGCCAACAACGGCCAAAAACGGCAAUAACCGGAACAGCAAUCAUAAGCGAUCCUAUGAGGAUGAACCUGUGUCAGCGGAGGCGGUGGCCAGUGACAGCGACAGUGAUAGCGGCUUUGAGUUUGGCGACCAGGAUAUGGGCAAAAAACAGUGCCACAUCCAGCACAACACCGACGGACUGCUCUCGAUUGCCAUCAAGACUAUUAACUUGGUGCAACGCAACAAGCUGCUGCAGAAGCGACUGGCCCAGCUGCAGCUGGAGACCUCGGAGUUUAUAGCCUCGGUGAUGGCCAAUCCAGAGAACAGACAAUUUCGCGAGCAGAUCGCCCCCAAGACCGAGUCCAAGGUGAGCAACAUGCUGUUGCGCCACUAGGUUCUGUUUUGAUUCAAAGAAAAACUAAAAAAAGCCCCAUUUUCUGGACGAUGGAAAGUUUUAUGAUUUAGAUAACCCACUAGGGGAGGCAAUCAAUCGAAAAGUAACAUUCAAUUUAUAUUUAUUAUAUUUUAUUUAUUAAAACUUAUGCAGUCCAAACUAUGGAAGGGAAAAUACUGGGCAACAUGUUGCUGCAACAUUGCGGACAAGCCCAGCAUGUUGCCUACUUCUAGGGUGUUUUUUUGUUUAAUUUAAAUUAAAAGUAAUAGAUUUUUGCUGAAUUUAUUGUAUUUCCAAAUUGACUUAACAAUCAAAAAACAACAAACUUUGAAAUGUACUUUCUACACGUCCAGAAGGUAGAUUUAUUGAGGGGCUAAGUUUUGAGAAAUUCGUACUGAUUAACUUUAUAAAUACAUCAAAGCUUAACAAUUUAAAUAUACAACAUAAAAAAGCUACGCUAACAUUUACACACAAAAAAAUAAUUUAUAAAAAUCCCAAAAAAGUCCAAAAGUGUAUCUUUAUCUCUAGUAGUUAAGUCAUUUUUUAUGUUUAACAGUUUAUACGGUCAAGAAUUAAUUUAUAAUAAAUUAAACAACCACAUAAAUAGGAAUAUUAAUAUAUUUAGAACAAACCAGGCAUAAUCAAUGAAACCCCACGACGCUUUUCGCUUAUACAACAAAUAGAUCUAGUAAGAUUUGAUUGACAUUCAAAGCAAUUUUUUGAAUACAAAAACCCAUUAUACGUAAUUGACACUGAUCGGUAUUAAUGAUUUCCGAUUAAUUUCAAGAAAUUAUCCAACAGAAUGAAAACUAUCAAAAUGCUUUAAAACAAAAUCAGAAAAGUUAAGAAGGCAAAACCAAAUUAAUAGCUACCGAGAAGCAAAUCUUUCCAAUUCUAAAAGUUUUAUUCAAACUAAGAUAUCUGACAUUUUCCACAUUGUUUAAAGGAAAAACUAAGAAUCAUAAAACUCGCAAAAAAUGAUUUCAUGAAUAAAAUUAGUGAAAAUAUAA